CCGGCAGAAACAAGGAGAAGCUGGACUGGACUGAAACAUCCUCUGGCUGAGGUGCGUGAGGUUUGUUUUCGUUUGAUUGAGAUAGUUUAUAAAGCUGUAAAUAGCACAGUGUGAUUACACGGUGAGAUCGGUGCUGCUUUUCGUGCUUACUUCACCUGAACAAACUGUGGUUAGCGCAUGAUUUGAUAUCUAGCAAGCUACAAAGCAGCAGCAGGGGUUUUUAUUUUCCUACCCGUAUUCCGAAAAACCCCGCCUUCUGCACGCGAAGCUCGCUCUCCCAAGAAGACAGCUGAUUGGACAGAUAACCUGUUGGCGGGACCAUUCUGGCCAAUCCUAGCACAGGUGACAGAAUACAGAGUCCCUGCAUGAUGUAUGAUCCAUCAGAAAAUGGUCAGUUUGGCAUGUCUGACUAUGACCAGAUAGAGGACGAGUCCUUUCCCCCUCUCCCACCACCGCUGUCCCCUGGAGAGGGCAACUUCGAUGAGGAGCAUGCGGCCAGUGGAGAGGGUGAAGAGGGAGAGCUGUCCAAGCUACCUGAUGUUCCUGUAGCUAAAAGGCGAACUGUUAAGAGACCUCAGCCUAAACUAGACUCUCAGAGGCUGCUGUCUGAACGAGGACUUCCAGCCUUACGUACAUUAUUCAGUGAUGUCAAAUUUAAAGGCAAAGGCCAUGAGGCUGAGGAUCUUAAGGUUCUGAUGCAGAAAAUGGAGAACUGGGCUCACAGACUUUAUCCCAAACUACAGUUUGAGGACUUUAUCGACAAACUGGAGGUUCUAGGAAGCAAGAAAGAAGUACAGACAUGUCUCAAGCGAAUCCGACUGGACAUGCCUCUGACCCACGAGGAUUUCAAUGGAAAUGAUGGCGAUGAAGCAGAGGUCCGCUUACAGGAAGACGCAGACCCAUUUGAAGAUAGAAGCUUCUCUGAAGAUCCGUUUAUCCACUCCACUCCUGCUCCUGCACCACUCUCUCUUACAGAGGAACAGCAGCAGCGUAUCGAGCGCAACAAACAGCUGGCCCUGGAAAGAAGGCUGGCUCGACAAAAGCAGCUAGAGUCGUCACAGUCAGCUUUCCCAGAUGAACUUGCUGCAAGUCCCACAGCACAUCACCUCAGCCAAGACGACCAGAGAGAACUGGAUCAAACCACAGGAAACACUGACACACUUUUAGAACAAGAUCCUGUGGCGUCUCAGAGCUCCCCUCAGUAUGACAAAUGUGACAGUCCAGUUCCAGAGAUAACAAAUGGAGAUAAUGAGAGCGAUUGAUCAGUUUUACUCUCUGAUUGCGCCAGGAAGUUUUCAUGAUAGACGCAAACUAACUGCCAACAAAUUGUUCAGAGUAAAAAAAACGUUCAGUUGUAGCUGUUAGACCAUGAUAUGCACUUCCUCUGAUAAUCCAGCCAAAUGCUAAUAAGCUGCUUGUAUUGUUCUUGACAUCCUCUGUGAGGAUCUAUAAUGAGAAAAGACUGGCUCGGUUUAUGCUUUCCUUACUUCCUAUAAUUAAAUAUAACCAUAAUUAAAAUGCAGAACUAUUCAGAGAGAACCAGCUGCUGUAGCUUACUUCCACACAGCAAGGUCUAAACUGAUGGAGUCUCACCUAAGUCUUAGCAGCUUUAUCCUAUUUUAUAUUAAAGCAUAAUUAAUCCAACUAUCACUAACAAAGGGUGUUUGAUAAAGAGGAGAGUAAAGAGUUUGUAAGCUUGUUUAGGAAUUUGCAUUUUCAUAAUUCUCAUGCAUUUUCUUUACAUGGUUUGUUUUGGGUGUUCUUUUUUUAGUAUAAUUUACCAUUCUUAUUUUAUUGCAAUAUUCUAAAUAAAGUGUUCAUAUCUUGUUUAA